UAAUCUUAACCUUUACCCCCUUCUCUCUCAACUCUCUGCUCUCUCUCUCUCUCGAUAAAGAAAAACAGAGAUUAUAAAGUUACAGAGAGAGAAACCUAGAAAUACACAGAAACGGGGACGAUGAAGAAACAUCAACAUCACAGCUUAUCAUCAUCCGAAGCAGUCUCAUCAUCAUCUUCGACAUCCUCGUCUGACCAUUUUCAGCCGUCCGUACAGGUGACAUCAUCGUCUCCAUCGCCGUCGCCGUCGGCGGCGGCGGCGAGGGCACAGCCGGAGAAGUCCGUGGUGUCGGUACCGGCCGCGGAGGAUCCGGCGGUGUCGCGCGACGCCGCGGGCGGCCAAGAAUCGGUGACGGUAGAGCGGCGUGGCGAGUUUGCGGCGGUGUGCAAAUGGAGCAUCGUCAAUUUCCCCAAGGUUAAAGCUAGGGCACUGUGGAGCAAGUACUUCGAGGUCGGCGGCUACGAUUGUCGCCUCUUGGUGUACCCUAAAGGCGAUUCUCAAGCUCUGCCUGGUUAUAUAUCUAUCUAUCUCCAAAUCAUGGACCCCCGGAAUACGUCGUCGUGUAAAUGGGAUUGCUUCGCCAGCUACCGCCUCGCCGUCGUGAACCCCCACGAUGAAUCGAAGUCCAUUCAUCGCGAUUCUUGGCACCGGUUCUCGAGCAAGAAGAAAUCGCACGGUUGGUGUGACUUCACCCCUUCAGCUUCAAUUCUCGACCCUAAAUCUGGUUUUAUGCUCAAUAAUGAUACAAUUCUUAUAACUGCUGAUUUACUUGUGCUGAAUGAAUCAUUUAAUUUCACGCGCGAUAAUAAUGAAUUACAAUCAAAUUCGAUGUUGUCUUCCAUUGUAACCGGGCCAGUUGGUGAUGUGUUGAGUGGGAAAUUUACUUGGAAGGUUCAAAAUUUCAGUUUGUUUAAGGAAAUGAUCAAGACUCAGAAGAUAAUGAGCCCUGUUUUCCCGGCAGGAGAGUGUAAUUUACGCAUUAGUGUUUAUCAGAGCUCGGUUAAUGGGGCCGACUAUUUGUCAAUGUGUUUGGAGAGUAAAGAUACAGAGAAAACAUUGGUUUCGGAUAGAAGUUGUUGGUGUUUAUUUCGAAUGUCUGUGUUGAAUCAGAAGCCGGGAAUGAAUCACAUGCAUAGGGACUCAUAUGGGCGGUUUGCAGCGGAUAAUAAAAGUGGGGACAAUACCAGUUUAGGCUGGAAUGAUUAUAUGAAGAUGUCGGAUUUUAUUGGGUCAGAGUCGGGGUUCUUGGUGGAGGAUACAGCAGUUUUUAGUACAUCUUUUCAUGUGAUUAAGGAACUUAGUAGUUUUUCGAAGAAUGGGGGUCUGCUUGGAGGGAGGAGUGGAAGUGGUGCAAGGAAGUCUGAUGUGCAUAUGGGGAAAUUCACUUGGAGAAUCGAGAAUUUCACAAGGUUGAAGGAUCUUCUGAAGAAGAGGAAGAUUACAGGGCUUUGCAUCAAGAGCAGGAGAUUUCAAAUUGGGAAUCGGGAUUGUCGGCUUAUUGUAUAUCCCCGAGGGCAGUCUCAACCACCAUGCCACCUUUCAGUCUUUCUGGAAGUUACAGAUUCACGAAAUACUUCUAGUGAUUGGAGUUGUUUUGUGAGCCAUCGGCUGUCAGUUGUGAACCAGAGGAUGGAGGAUAAGUCUGUUACGAAGGAAUCUCAGAAUCGCUACUCCAAAGCUGCAAAGGACUGGGGCUGGCGUGAAUUUGUGACACUGACUAGUCUCUUCGAUCAAGAUUCUGGGUUUCUCGUGCAGGAUACUGUUAUAUUUUCUGCAGAAGUUCUUAUUUUGAAAGAGACAUCCAUAAUGCAGGAUUUUACUGAUCAAGAUCAUGAGUCAUGCAAUGCUGAUUUCCAGCCAGAUGGAGUUGGGAAAAAGAGUUCAUUCACAUGGAAGGUGGAGAACUUCCUCUCUUUUAAGGAAAUAAUGGAAACACGAAAAAUCUUUAGCAAAUUCUUUCAAGCUGGUGGAUGUGAGCUUCGGAUUGGUGUGUAUGAGUCCUUUGACACCAUAUGUAUAUAUCUAGAGAGUGAUCAAUCGGUUGGCAGUGAUCCUGAUAAAAACUUUUGGGUCAGAUACAGAAUGGGUGUGGUGAAUCAAAAAAAUCCUGCUAAGACUGUGUGGAAGGAGUCUUCUAUUUGUACAAAAACAUGGAAUAAUUCUGUUCUUCAAUUCAUGAAGGUUUUGGAUAUGCUUGAUGCAGAUGCAGGGUUUCUUGUACGUGAUACGGUUGUCUUUGUUUGUGAAAUCAUGGACUGCUGCCCUUGGUUUGAGUUUUCGGAUCUAGAGGUUUUUGCUUCAGAAGAUGAUCAAGAUGCUCUGACAACCGACCCUGAUGAACUCAUUGAUUCUGAAGACAGUGAAGAGAUAAGUGGAGAUGAAGAAGACAUCUUCAGAAAUCUUCUUUCAAGAGCAGGCUUUCACCUCACAUAUGGAGACAAUCCUUCACAGCCACAGGUCACUUUAAGAGAGAAGCUUCUCAUGGAUGCUGGUGCAAUAGCUGGUUUCCUGACUGGACUCCGUGUUUAUCUUGAUGAUCCUUCUAAAGUGAAGCGCUUACUUCUUCCAACUAAGCUCUCUGGCAAUAAUGAUGGAAAGAAAGUUACCAAAAGUGAUGAAUCUUCUCCCAGUCUGAUGAAUUUGUUGAUGGGAGUUAAGGUUUUGCAGCAGGCUAUCAUUGAUCUACUUUUGGAUAUAAUGGUUGAGUGUUGCCAACCUUCAGAAGGAAGUUCUAGUGUUGAUUCUUCGGAUGCAAACUCUAAAUUUUCUCCGGAUGGCAGUGGAGCUGUCAGUCCGUUGGAAUCUGAUGGGGAAAAUGAAGCAACAGAAUCUGCCCAACUCCCUGUACGUAACAGACUGGAUUCUUUGAUAGAUGAAAGCACCAGCAGAUAUUCUGCACAAAGCUCUGACAUGAACGAGAUUGACAUACCUCAAAAAACACUUCCUGGACAGCCUACAUGUCCACCAGAGACAUCUGCUGCUGGUUUCUCAGACAAUGCUUUCCUUCGCUCUAAGACGAAAUGGCCAGAGCAGUCUGAGGAACUCCUGGGAUUGAUUGUGAACUCAUUGAGAGCUCUAGAUGGAGCCGUUCCACAAGGUUGUCCUGAGCCAAGACGAAGGCCCCAUUCUGCACAAAAGAUUGCUCUUGUAUUGGAUAAAGCUCCUAAGCAUCUGCAACCUGACCUAGUUGCUUUGGUGCCCAAAUUGGUUGAGCAUUCAGAGCAUCCACUUGCUGCUUGUGCACUUCUGGAUCGAAUUCAGAAGCCUGAUGCAGAACCUGCAUUAAGAUUACCUGUAUUCGGUGCUCUAAGCCAAUUGGAUUGUAGCAGUGAUGUGUGGGAACGUGUUCUACUUCGAUCUCUUGAACUUUUGGCAGACUCAAAUGAUGAACUUCUAGUUGUAACUGUGGAUUUUAUAUUUAAAGCUGCAUUGCGAUGCCAACAUCUUCCAGAAGCUGUUAGAUCUGUUCGUGUUAGGCUAAAAGAUUUGGGAACUGUGGUUUCCCAAUGUGUUCUUGAUUAUUUAAGCAGAAUGGUACAUAGUUCACCAGCUGUUGCUGAAGCUAUUUUAAGAGAUAUUGAUUGUGACAGUGAUUUUGAUGACAAUUGCUCAGCAAUGCCUUGUGGCCUCUUCUUAUUUGGUGAAAAUGGCUCUGCUUCUGAGAGAAUGCAUGUGGUAGAUGAGCAAGCUUUCCAUGCUAGUCGUCAUUUUUCUGAUAUUUAUAUCCUGAUUGAGAUGUCAUCUAUCCCUUGCCUUUCUGUUGAAGCUUCCCAAACUUUUGAGAGAGCUGUUGCUCGAGGGGAAGUUAUGGCUCAGUCAGUAGCUAUGGUCUUAGAAAGACGUAUUGCCCGAAGAUUUAAUUUUGCUUCACAAUUCGUUGCUGAAAAUUUUCAGCAUGCAGAUAUGAUUGUUGAGGGAGAAACCCUUGAGCAGAUGAAAGCCCAAAUAGAUGAUUUCACUUCCAUUCUUGGUCUUGCUGAGACAUUGGCCCUCUCUAGAGACCCUCGUGUGAGAGGAUUUGUAAAGGUUCUUUACACUAUAUUGUUUAAAUGGUAUGCCGAUGAGUGCCACCGAUUAAAGAUGCUGAAGAGACUUGUGGAACGUGCCACCAACACAACCGAUAAUAGUCACAAGCUUGAUUUAGAUUUGGAAAUUUUGGUGACCUUGGUUUGUGAAGAACAAGAAAUUGUUCGGCCAGUUCUGAAUAUGAUGCGGGAGGUUGCUGAACUUGCAAAUGUUGAUCGGGCAGCUCUUUGGCAUCAGUUAUGUGCCAAUGAAGAUGAAAUUCUUCGCAUUCGUGAAGAAAGAAAAGCUGAAAUUUCCAGUAUGGUUAAAGAAAAAGCUAGUAUAUCACAAAGGCUGAGCGAAUCUGAGGCCAUGAACAACCGUCUUAAGUCUGAAAUGAGGGCUGAGAUGGAUCGUUUUGCUCGGGAAAGGAAAGAGCUCUCGGAACAGAUACAAGAAGGUGAGAGUCAACUUGAAUGGUUCCGCUCAGAACGAGAUGAUGAAACUGCAAAGCUCAUGACCGAGAAAAAGGUUCUUCAGGAUCGUCUGCAUGAUGCAGAGACACAACUUUCUCAACUGAAGUCCCGCAAGCGUGAUGAGUUGAAGAGAGUCGUGAAGGAGAAAAAUGCUCUUGCAGAAAGAUUAAAGAGUGCUGAAGCUGCACGGAAAAGAUUUGACGAAGAACUGAAGCACUAUGCCACAGAAAAUGUAACUCGAGAAGAAAUUCGGCAGUCACUUGAGGAUGAAGUUCGACGGUUGACACAAACAGUUGGGCAAACUGAAGGGGAAAAGCGUGAGAAGGAAGAACAGGUUGCUCGAUGUGAAGCAUAUAUUGAUGGGAUGGAAUCCAAAUUGCAGGCCUGCCAGCAAUAUAUUCACACCCUUGAGACCUCACUUCAGGAAGAAAUGUCGCGACAUGCCCCUCUAUAUGGUGCGGGCUUGGAAGCUCUAUCAAUGAAGGAGUUGGAGACACUGUCACGCAUCCAUGAAGAAGGGCUCAGGCAAAUACAUGCUCUCCAACAGCGUAAAGGGAAUCCAGUUGGUAGUCCCCUUGUGAGCCCUCACGCCAUCCCACACACUCAUGGAUUGUAUGCUGCUGCACCACCUUCAGUGGCCGUUGGGUUGCCUUCUUCUCUCAUCCCCAAUGGCGUCGGGAUGCACAGCAAUGGGCACAUGAAUGGUGCUGUCGGACCCUGGUUCAACCAUACUUGAACCCCAGCCAGGUUCAAACGCUCCUUUACCUCGCUAUCAGUGAUGUUUCACAGCCUUGUACACCAAUUACGAGCUUGAUAAUGUCUCCGGAGGGGUUUUAUCUACCUUUUGUGUCUGGGCAUUUUGGCUGGUAGGAUCUUUGGGUUUGUUGUGGGGAAAGGGCACUACUACGAAAUCGGAUAAAUGGGAAGGGUAGUGUUUUUGUAAUUGGGUGUGAGGAAGCAAGUCCAAUAGAAUUAACAGUUGCAAGUGCCAUAUUCCUGCAAUUUUCCCCCCCGUUUAUUAAUUAAAGCAUUUAGAAAAAGUUUUGCUUAGUUCACUCUUUA